AUGCAGAUGUACGUGGCGGUAGGUGUGGCCAUGGUAGGAGCCGCCAUGUUCGGCUUCGAUCAGGGAAACUUCGGCAACGUGCAGGCCUUCGAGACGUUUCGCAAGGAGUGGUGCGUCGGCAGGUACGGCGACGAAGAGUCUUGUAGUGCAGAAGGGUCUUUGGAAAAUGAUGCGUGGAAUGAUGGCUUCGUCACUUGGGGUGCCACGCUCAUCACUUUUGGUGCUGCUGCGGGCGCAAUGGUUUUGGGACCUACCCUGACCAACAAGCUGGGUCGUCGUCCCUGCAUUCAGAUCGGUGGCUGCACAUGCUUCUUGGGGUGCCUCAUGGCGUCGUACCUUUCGAACAAUAGUGUCUGGAUGUUCUUCAUCGGGCGCUUCAUUACAGGCUUUGGCGUCGGCGUGAGCUGCUUUGCGCUCCCACUUUACAACGCAGAGAUUUCGACCCCAGCCGUCCGAGGUGCUACAGGUUCGCUGUUUCAGUUGAACGUAGUGGUUGGUUGCUUCAUUUCUUGCAUCAUCACCAUGUUAGACAAGGACUGGUACACGGGUAUGCUGCUUCCAGGGCUGGCCGGCGCUGUGCUCACCUUGGGCGGCUUCUUCAUUCCCGAGUCUCCACGCUUCGUCAUGGAGAAGAUGUUGCACAAGGAUUCCGAGGCCAAGGCCUAUGCGGCCGGCACAAGGUACUUGAAGCGCAUCCGCGCUGGCGAUGUGACGGCGGAGGCAGAUGAGAUCAUGCAGCAGAUCAAAGAUGAGAUGGACAUCGAGCACGUCAGCUUCCUGGGGCUGUUUAAAGAGCGCAACCUUCGCAAGCGCGUGUUCAUUGCCUGCUGCCUCGCCAUUUGCCAGCAGGCCACGGGCGUGAACGCCUUCCUUGGCUACGCGGCCACGCUGUUCAAAGAGUGCGGCAUUGACAGCCCAAUCGUGUUCAACUCUAUUUUCAACAGCAUCAUGAUCUUCGGCUGCAUCGCCGGGCUGCUUCUCGUGGACUCCAAGUACGGCGGCCGGCGCUGUCAGCUGCUGGCGGCCACGGCCAUCAUGGGCCCUCCCUUGAUUUUGGCCGGCCUGGCUCUGCAGUUCGACUGGCCAGGCAUCAUCACCAUGGCCUCCGUCGUGAUCUACGGUGUUGGCUUUCAGUUUGCGUGGGGGACCAUCCCAUGGAUCUAUCCUGCAGAAAUCUUCUCCAUGGCCGAGAAGGAGUCUGCAGUUUCUCUUGCAAUUGGCUUCAACUACAUCGCCAAUGCUGCCAUUAUCUACAUCACCCCAGCUCUUAUGAAAUGGUCCACACCCGGGACUCUCCUGGUCUUCGGUGCCCUGAAUGUCCUGAAUUAUUUCUUCGUUUUCCUCUACAUCAAG